GGGGUCUUACUAUAUUACACAGAAUGGUCUUGGAUUCCUGGGCUCAUGUGAUUCUCCUGCCUCAGCCUCCUAAAUGCUGGCAUUACAGUGUUACUCUGCCAGGGGCUAAGGAUUCAAAACCCCCAGGCUCAGAGAAGGACAGCAUGGAAAUCCAUGGUCGCCUUUUGCACGGUCUGGUCUGGGAGGACAGAGGGGCAGCUCCUAACCAAGAUCCAGAGGCGAGGCUCAUCGGAGGAGGUGCCACACCCCAGGGUCAAGUAAGAGAGUCAAGCCUGGCGCGGUGGCGCACGCCUGUCACCCCAGCAGCUCAGGAGGCUAAGACAGGAGGAUCAUGAGUUCAAAGCCAGCCUCAGCAACUUAGGGAGGCCUGGGCUGCAGGACACCGGCCUCCCUUCUUGACUCAUGGGUGAUCACUCUGGGAACAAAAUGGACAUCCCAUCCAGAAGUUAAGUGGCAAGUCCAAGCAAUGGCCAGCCUGAGGCCCGGCAGACCCACCUGCAUCAGGGCAGCGUUCAGCAGCACGGGCCCCGGGGCCAGCUUCCGGAAGAGGCAGAGGAAUGCACGCCGUCGCCUGCAGGUCAGUCACAACAGGAAUCACAUGGACUUGGCCGAAGGUCUCUGGAGAGAGUUUUUAGAUUCUUAUGAUGGGGACUCGGAAGACUGCCCUGGUCACUUCGGCUCCUGCCCUGGCUGUUUCUUGGGUGAGAGGAACAACGUGCCUCUGUACACACCAAAGUCCAGGAGCCCCGAGGAUGCUGGACUGGAAGACUUCCUCUCCUCCAAGGCCCCACACCUCGCUGUGAAAGCUGCUAGCUGGGCCCCCACACCCCUGGAGGCCAAUGACGUGGACAUGCAGUCCGAGGGUGAAGCGAGGCUGCCCCUGGAGCCCGGAGGCCCCCAGGAGGCUGGGAAGCAGGCAGAGGGGCCCCAGGCAUCCCAGGAGGAUCCCAGGACAACCCGGGCACCCAACCCAGGCAAUCCUAUGGAGCUCCUGGAGCCGGGCAGACACCUGCCCAGCAGGGCCAAGGGGACACGGAUGCCACCCAGACUCGGGGGCGAGAGAGACAAAGGGCCCAAGCUCUCGCUUUCCAAGAGGAAACUGGAACUUUUACUUGCAGAGCCUGAAAAAAAUAAGAGAAAGAAGCAGUUCGUGGCCUGAUCCAAGACACGAGCAGAGAGCGUCUGGUGCCGAGGUCCUGGUCUCGUCCUCUCCAAGUCUGGCUCUCUCCACACAGCAGUAGGAUCACGCUGUUCCCAAGUGCCAAUAAAGAGACGUUGCC